UGCAAAGUUGGGUCAUCAGUUGCCAUCAGAGUUGGAGGGGACUUCUAUUUUGCCCCUGAAAUUGGGGACCCAUCAUUUGACCUGCUUCUGAUUGCUGGUGGUGUGGGAUUAAAUCCCCUGGCCUCAAUAUUUAGCUAUGCAAGUCAUCUACAUAAAUUAUACCAAGAAAAACAAGAAUAUUGUCCUGGAAAAAUAAAGUUAUUGUACUCAGCAAAAACAUUUGAAGAUUUGUUAUACAAGGAAAUGUUAGAUGCAAUAUCUUCUGAUAAUCCCAACAUGGAAGUUGAAUAUUUUACAACAAGAAGUAUGCCACCAAAGUCCAGUAGGGCAAAAUAUGGACAUAUAACACAGGAAGACUUGAAGAGUGCAGUGGAAUUUCUAGAUCUAUCACUGUUAAAGACAUUUAUUUGUGGACCACCUCCUAUGAUUGAAAAAGUGAACGAAAACCUCUUAGCAAUUGGUUUAGCUCAGAAUCAGUUGAUAUAUGAGAAAUGGUGGUAGCAUUUUAUUUUGAAUUGAAGAUCAUGCAGUGUCUUUGUAAGAUCCAAUAUUUCAUUUGACUGUAAAUCUAUUACCUUUUUAGUACUGUUAUGAAGGGUCUCAGAGGAACACAUUUUCAUAUGGUAACUGCAUCUCAUUUUAUACAUUAAUGCACAUUCUAUUUCCAUUAGAUAGUGUAAACACAUUCAGAGUGGGAACAGGUAACAGUUUGUAAUCUGCAACUAUCAACUGCCUUAACCAUUUGAAAUACAAUUACAAAUAUUUAGGACUUGCAGAAAAUACAAGGGUUUAUUAUGUAAGAUGCUUAUUAGCAGAAUUCACCAAGUGCAGAAGCAGCACACUGAAAGAAAACAUUAAGUUCAUUAACAUUCAACCUGUCAUUACUGGCAAACAAAGUCAGAUAGUGAAAUGAUCUUUUUACAUAGCUGAAUACAUCUAAUUUAUAUUGAAAUGAGUAUAAGCAGUAUAUUUUAAUGGAAAAUUGAAAUAAUAGUCAAUAGUCAGUCAAAAUCAUAAUUAUCAAUGCAUUGCAAGUGAGAGAGAGAAAACAUAUCUGGGAGCUUGUGUCUUCCAUGUGAGCUUAGUAGACCCCAUGGGAGAUGAGCUCCUAUUUGUUUCAAGGUGCUUGAUGUUUUUGUUUGCAAGAUGUGAUUGGCUGCGCACCAUGGAAUGGCUGUCUUUUACUGCUCAAUUCUGCCCAUUUUCACUUAAAAUAUCCCUUCAGAAUAUAGAAAUUCCAACCUCUUUACCGGCUGCACUGAUGAUUACAUCUCAAAAGGUCUGCAAAUGCACCAGUGAAUGGUGACCAUGUUGAUAAAUCAAACUCAGAACUAGCAUAUGUCAUAGAAGGUGAGGUCUGCUAGUAAGUUUCUCAUAGGAUGUUAUCAGAUUACUGAGACAACUCACUUUUAAAAAUUAAAUAGCUGAAUAAGUUAUUUGAUGCUUUUAAAGUAAAUGGUAUAAUAUGGGCCAAUGUAGCACACAGAAAUACAUUGGUAUUGUUUGGGGUAAUUCAUUGUUAUUGAUGCUCAUAAGUAUGUCCUGUAUAGUUGUAUUUAUACAGUAGUCCAUGGUCAGUGUACACAGAGAAUAUAUAUUGUGAUUGGAAAAUUUACUGAACAUGUAAUUUAGUAUCAUAUUCAAAAGGUUUGAUUUAAUAAUUAUUUUGAAUAAUA